AUGACUAAAGCUGGCGAGCUUUCAACAAACGAAAGAAGCUACAUAUUUAAUGCAUUGAAAAAAGGUUUCCGUCUCGAUGGCAGGGCCUUGGAUGAGAUGCGCAAGCCUCUCAUCACGCUUUCCAAGACCGAAUAUGGAUAUGUCGAGGUUGAAUUGGGAGACACAAAGUUGGCCGUCAGAGUGAGCUGUGAGAUCGGGAAACCAUUUGAAGACAGGCCUUUUGAAGGUACUUUCACUAUAAAUACAGAAAUCAGCUCGAUGGCGUCGCCCAUGUUCGAAAAUGGAAAGAAUUCAGACGAAGAGGUUCUUAUAUCGAGAUUAAUAGAAAAAGCUGUCAGGAGAUCAAACGCCUUGGACCUUGAGAGUUUGUGUGUUAUUGCAGGAGAGAAGGUUUGGCACAUCCGUGCUGAUAUCAAUUUUUUGAACUACGAUGGUGGACUUAUCGAUGCAUCUUGUAUUGGUGUGAUGACUGCGCUUCAGCAUUUCAAAAAGCCCGAUGUCUCUAUCCAAGGAACAGACGUUACCAUUUAUAGCUUUGACGAGCGCCAGCCGGUGCCCUUGAGUAUUCUUCAUGUGCCAAUUUGCGUGACUUACUCGUUUUUCAAUCCAGGUGAUAAAGAAGAGAAUAUAAAAGGAGCCCUCAACCAAGAGAUUGCAAUCAUGGAUGCCAAUCUGAAAGAGGAAGCCAUUCGCGAUGGCUCUCUUGUGAUAACCAUGAACAAAAACCGAGAGCUAAUCCAGUUGUCCAAAAACGGAGGGUUGCCCAUAGAUGGUGUGGCGCUUUUAUCGUUAGCGCAGAACAGUUUUGCUGUGGCUGAAAAAUUGACUGAUCAGAUCAAAGCAUUGUUGAAGGAGGACGAGGAAGAAAGAUACAAGAACAUGCAUUUAGAGCUUCUUGAAGUGGGAGCUGCCAGAUAA